GAGCGAACCGACUGAAGUAGGUCGUAUACCGUGGACGCAGCACGAGAGAGGGAGUGUUGGCGCGGCCCGGUCGCUCGGACACGUUUAUGGUUAUCAAGUUUGACAAUAAACGUCGGGUGGUCCUGCAUGACACGGAGUUAACGAUACGUCAGCAUGGGUGGGUUGCUCAGUUACUUCCGUAACCUGCUCGGCAGCCGCGAGAUGCGGAUCUUGAUCCUGGGCCUGGACGGCGCCGGCAAAACCACGAUUCUGUACAGGUUACAAGUAGGCGAAGUAGUGACCACAAUACCGACCAUAGGGUUCAACGUAGAACAAGUUACUUACAAAAAUUUAAAGUUCCAAGUCUGGGAUCUCGGCGGUCAGACGAGUAUACGACCAUACUGGAGGUGUUACUAUUCCAAUACAGAUGCGAUAAUUUACGUGGUAGAUUCGGCAGACAGAGAUAGAAUAGGCAUAUCAAAGGACGAAUUAAUUCUCAUGUUACAAGAGGAAGAGUUACAAGGCGCAAUCUUGGUGGUGCUGGCGAAUAAACAGGAUAUGGCAGGAUGCCUUAGUGUCGCAGAGGUCCAUCAAGCGCUUGGAUUGGACGCUCUCAAAAACAGAACCUUCCAAAUAUUUAAGACUUCCGCGACGAAAGGCGAAGGGCUUGACCAAGCCAUGGACUGGUUGUCGAACGCGCUGCAGAGUAGAAAAUGAUCAAUAUUAUGUCAGAAUUAUUUAUAUUCGAGCCUUACAAGGGGACUAGUCAUACGACUGUCGCUCUGAGUGUGCCGCCGGAUUGCCGGACACGCUAGGUUUUGUUUAUUUAUUGUGAUUAAUGUAUUUUAAAUACUUUCUUUACAAUUUGCAGCGAGAAUAUUCGAGGAAUCACUGUACUUUUUCAUAACGCUGAACAUGUAAUAAUAAGGGGAUCAUUUUACCUUUUUUCUAUGCAAUUUAAAGUAAUAAACUUAGAGAAUUCUUUCAAUAUAGGUUUCUUUGCAGUAAUAAGUACUUCAUACGCUAUUUCUACGCGUAACAUUUGAUUAAUAAUUCGGUUAAAAUAAAUAUCUUUUUUUUUUCAUUCAAUAGUGACGAUAAAUGGACUUUAUGGACUUAUAAAUUGUAAUGGGGAACACAAGUAUAUUGGUACCAAAUAUACAAAAUGAUUACCAAUCAAAUAGAAGAAUAAACACUUGAAAAAAGUUCAAACUCACGAAACAAGAAUACUUGAACACAUUUAGAUCAUAUCUAUACGUAAUAUGCUGUCUUGAUGUAUCUUAAAUUGUAUAAAAUGUUUUUUUCGAUAAUACGAGUAAAACGAAUUUAAAACUGGAAACUCAAAGGAUAAGAUAAAAGUACAACCUCGUACUAGCGUUUAUAAAAAUUGUUACACAUUAUAAACAAAAUAAAAUUCUCUGCCGCGAAA